GUAAAGCAAUGAGGAGAUUUGUUUACUGCAAGGUGGUUCUGGCCACUUCUCUCAUGUGGGUGCUUGUGGACGUCUUUUUACUUUUAUACUUUAGCGAAUGUAAUAAAUGUGAUGACAAGAAAGAGAGGUCUCUGCUGCCUGCUCUGAGGGCCGUAAUUUCCCGAAACCAGGAGGGACCUGGAGAGAUGGGAAAGGCUGUGCUCAUUCCGAAGGAUGACCAGGAGAAGAUGAAAGAGCUGUUCAAGAUCAACCAGUUUAACCUUAUGGCCAGCGACCUGAUUGCCCUGAACCGCAGUUUGCCCGACGUGAGAUUGGACGGGUGCAAGACCAAAGUCUACCCCGACGAACUGCCCAACACCAGCGUCGUCAUCGUGUUUCACAACGAAGCCUGGAGCACCCUGCUCCGGACGGUGUACAGCGUUAUAAACCGCUCGCCGCCCCGCCUGCUCUCGGAAAUCAUCCUGGUGGACGACGCCAGCGAGAGAGAGUUUCUGAAGGCCUCGUUGGAGAACUACGUGAGGAACCUGGAAGUCUCCGUCAGAAUCAUUCGGAUGGAGCAGAGGUCGGGGCUGAUCCGCGCGCGGCUCCGCGGGGCCGCAGCCUCCAAGGGGCAGGUGAUAACGUUCCUGGACGCGCACUGCGAGUGCACGCUGGGCUGGCUCGAGCCGCUGCUGGCCCGGAUUAAGGAGGACAGGAAAACUGUUGUCUGCCCAAUCAUUGACGUGAUCAGCGAUGACACAUUUGAAUACAUGGCUGGAUCAGAUAUGACUUAUGGAGGCUUUAACUGGAAACUUAACUUUCGCUGGUAUCCAGUUCCCCAGAGAGAGAUGGACAGGAGGAAAGGAGACAGGACCUUGCCUGUGAGGACCCCUACUAUGGCUGGUGGCCUAUUUUCUAUUGACAGAAACUACUUUGAAGAGAUAGGAACUUACGAUGCAGGAAUGGAUAUCUGGGGUGGCGAGAAUCUUGAAAUGUCUUUUAGGAUUUGGCAGUGCGGCGGCUCCCUCGAGAUUGUCACCUGCUCCCACGUUGGGCACGUUUUCCGAAAGGCAACGCCUUACACCUUCCCGGGUGGCACGGGCCACGUCAUCAACAAGAACAACAGGAGGCUGGCAGAGGUCUGGAUGGAUGAGUUUAAGGACUUCUUCUAUAUUAUAUCCCCAGGUGUUGUUAAAGUGGAUUACGGCGACGUAUCCGUCAGGAAGGCACUAAGAGAAAAUCUGAAGUGUAAACCCUUCUCGUGGUACCUGGAAAACAUCUAUCCCGACUCCCAGAUUCCACGGCGCUAUUACUCCCUUGGUGAGAUCAGGAACGUUGAAACCAACCAGUGUUUAGACAACAUGGGCCGCAAGGAAAAUGAGAAAGUGGGCAUUUUCAACUGCCACGGCAUGGGAGGAAAUCAGGUGUUUUCCUACACUGCUGACAAAGAGAUCCGCACGGACGACCUGUGCCUGGACGUCUCGAGGCUCAACGGCCCCGUCACCAUGCUGAAGUGCCACCACAUGAGGGGCAACCAGCUCUGGGAGUACGAUGCCGAGUAUGCUGGUAAAUGGGAAUAUAGCUUUGAGACCCGUACAUUUCUUCAUAUAAUCACCCAGUCGUGCCUGACGCUAGGCAGGAUAGAGGAUGGCACCCACGGUCCCACGGUGGAGGCUUGCAAUGGCAGCCCCUUGCAAACGUGGAUGCUAAGGAACUACACGAGGCUGGAAGUCUUUAGAAACAUUUUUUACAGCCCCACUGACUAUUUCCUUUAACGAACGGUCGGAGGGGUUUUAUGGAGCCAGACCCCCCCAAGGAUGAAGCCCCGCAGGGUGUCACCGGGGGUUAAGGACAAAUCCCCUGGCACCGCUUCCACCCGCUCGAACUGGCAUUUCAAACCUCAGCUGGGAAGUAUUUUUGCGGCAUCCAGACGGUAGGAUCUGCCCUGAAAUCCACCUGCAGGCAGCUUGCAGACCAGUGGGACCGGGCGCCACGAGCUCGGGGACUGUUCCUGUAAAUGCAGGUCACAAAUAAUCGGCUUGAUCAUUCUAUUUGUCAUCCGCUCGCCCUGCUUCUCAGACCCACCGUCCCCUCUGGACCCGCCGGGCACGAGCCCCGCGCUGUGCUCCGCACCAGCUAAAGCCUGAAAACGCUGAAAUGUGCGGAAAUUACCUAAUUGCAGAUAAUAAAUGGAAAUAGGCUAAGCAGCUCCAGAGGUAACUAUUGCCCGGGUGAGUUUAAGUCGAACCUCUGCCCAUCCCCGACCCCCGAGCUCCCAAGCCCCAAGCACCCGGGUCUGGUCGCUCCUCCCGGAACCGAGGGGUUAAAAUACAUCCGUCCAUACGUGCCAGACAUACAUUUACCCAGCAGCAGCCCCGGGAAUUUUUCAGGGCUCUUACUGGCAGUGUGUCCUGCAUCGUGGGGUGGGCGGGCAGGGAAACCUCCCGGGUAACACAGUUGACUACGAAGCCAAGCAGAUACAAGAAGUUUAGAUUGGUGAGCUGAUUAAAUUUCCGUCGGGUUGGCAGCUACAAAGCUUCCGUUUCUGUUAUUCGAUACAAACAUUUUAGAUCCCUAUAAACCCAAUUCGAGGAUUACAUUUUAUUUCAGUUCUCAAAAAGCUUCUCUAUUUCUUUCCAGGUCGUUCUGUUUGCGGCACCUACGGGAGAAUGACGCUCAUUAUUUUUCAGUUAACCUGUUAAGGGCCACGUCCUGACAUCCUUCGACGUGUGACUUGCAUUUUAAUCAACGUGUGUCUCUGUCCGGCGCUGCGUAAGGCGGGCGGGAGAUUUUGGCAGAGGAGUUUGGAGUUUAGGCAGGAGAUGGGGUGUCCCCUCCAGCCACCCCUCAUCCCCCCGCUUCUCCCUGGGCGCUUGCGUGUUUGUAUCUGUCUUCUCUGCUACGAUCCCUCCGUGGUACAGAUCGUUAUUCCCGCGUAACGUGCCUCUUUGUGGCCUUCCAGCCUGGGACCGUCUUAGGGCAGCUGAUAAAUUGGGGGAGCGCCCGCCAGCCUCGGCGGCACCCGUCGGUUUGGGGGUGCUCGUGGGAUUCCCCUGCUCGACCCUGGACCUUGGGCGGAGCGGGGCCGCGGAGGGAGAGCAGCACUGCGGGAAGGUCUGGGAGGGGGUGUCACCGGUAACCGGAACAGAGCUGAUUUAAAAGCGAAAAAAAAAAAAAAAAAAAAAAAAAAAAAUUUUAACCGUUUUUUUAAUUGCAAAGAAACCAGCAGAGGAAAAGAGAGCCUUUUCUUGGAGGGCAAACUCACCGCUGCGAGGUGCUUGUCGGCAGCUGGGCUUUAUUCUGCUGGGGAGAGGGGUGAGCUGCUGAGAAAUAGCAAGGGGUGCCCGCACCGGGGGGACGCGGAGGGCUCCCUGCCAGCACCGCGCCUGCCAGGGGCUCCUCCAGGCCAAGUGACGGAGCUCGCUGGCAUCCAGUUGAUGGCAUAAAGCUAGAUCGUUAAAAGGGAGCUUACACUGGCUCAAUGUCCUGGGUUGAGUGAGUGGUGGAGUUUUUUGGUGGCAGGGGAGGGGGCUAUCGGGGC